CCCGCCGCCGCGUGGUCCGUCGCCUUGACGACCUGGGCAAGAUGGCGACGCUGCAGGGCGGGCUUCUGGGGCCAGACCCAGGGGCGCUGAGCCCCGCGCAGCAGGAACAGCUGCGCAACUUCAAGAUUCAGACUCGGAUUGCUAACGAAAAAUACCUGAGGACCCACAAGGAAGUGGAGUUGCUCCUAAGUGGUUUCUUCAGGAGAAAUUUCCAGGAGGAACUGGAUGUCUGUGCCUGGCUGCUGCGAGAACAGCCCCUUCCCUUCCUUGUCAUCCCCACCUCUGGGGCCAGAGAAAUGUUUUUGAAAAGACCAGGCAACAUCCAAGAAUUUGCGGCAGGGUCACCGGAAGCAAGGGAGCCCUGGUGCUAUCAGGAUGCGGUUCCGAGUUGUCUUGGCCCUGUCUGCUGUUGUAAAGGCUUUUAAAGAUAUUCAUUAAAAACAUCAUUCCACUCUCUCUGCUGUGUUUCACUCCAAAGGAGGAAGCCAUCCUGCAGGGAGAGCUGUUGCACCCCUCCUUUGACCUGCCAGGUGGCAGGGCUGUCUGUCUGCGGCAGCCCAUGGGCCUCUGCUAGGUCAGCGGGCUGCUCCCACGUGUGCCUCACACUGUGUCCUCCCUGCCCCUCCAAGCCUCUUGCUCUCAGAGCCAAGGCUGGACGAAAGAACAGGGUUGGGGACCCUGUGAGGACCACAGCUGAUCUGGGUGGCCCGGAAGCCAC